AUGUCAUGCUUAACCUUAAUUAUUAAUGAAAUUGAACCAGCAACACAAGAACAAAUAAGAGAUGUCAUCGAAAAAGACGCUGAGGGAGGCGCUGAGGAUUUUGGCAAAGAAGGCGCAGAGCUAGGAUGGAAAGGAGAGGAAGCUGGAGGUGACAUCACCGGAGGAGAUUACCAUGGGAAGAGAUGUGGCCAAAGGAGGUCGUCGCCGGAGGAUAUGUCACCGGAGAAGAUUCGAGAUCUGAAAGGAGAUCCGCUAUCGUCAUACAAUGGGGAAACAAGGUGGUGGCUUGGAACCUUUGAUUCUGUUGAAGAGGAAGCGAUGGUGGAGGGUGAAAGUGGCGUGUCGAAGAACAACAAUAAUACAAAUUUUGACAUACAUAAAAAUGUACAUAAUAUUACUACAAGUCAAAGAACAUUGUUUCGAGAAACUGGUACCUCAUCUAAUAUUCUCAGUUUACAAUCCAAUGAGGAUAAAGCAUACUCCAGUGUACAAGGACCUGCCAAUAAUCUAACUGAAGUCGUUCUGCAAAAUCAGCUUCCAUCAAACUCCGGUUCCCACAGAUCGUGCCUAACAGAAAGAAGUUCUACUAUAAUUGGGGUGCAAAAAGGACAAUCUUCCUCUGUUGUUGCUUCGGUGGCUAUUAAUUUGGCACAACUUUAUGAAGAUAUAAAUUUAUCGACUGUUAAGACGCACCCACCAAGUGCUGACACACACAGUGGCCAACAUGUUGACCCUUUUGUUGAUGAUGAAGUUUUGAAUGGUUAUGAUGAUUCAAUGUUGAAUGUGGAUAUGGAAGAUAAUUUUAUACCAUCAUCUGAAACCUUAGACGGUGUCUGGGAUAUAGGAAAUCCUAUUUAUCAAUGUCAACACUGUAAAGCAUGGAUGUGGUCUGGAGAAAGGCUUGCUAAAUCCAAACAGUCGCCCCAACCAAAGUUUUUAUUUUGUUGUAUGGAAGAAAAGAUCGAGCUUCCUCUACUUUCUGUGCCUCCUGAUGAGCUCAUUCAGCUUCAUAUUGGAGGAGAUCAAAGAAGUAUUCAUUUCCUAAAAAAUAUAAGGACAUUUAAUUCAAUGUUUUGUUUUACAUCAAUGGCUGGAAAAAUUGACCGUGGGGUGAACAAUGGGACUGCUCCUCCAAUUUUUAAGCUUGGGGGUCAAAACUACCAUAGCAUUGGUAGCUUACUUCCUCCUGAUAGUUUGCGACCAAUAUUUGCCCAGCUAUAUAUCUAUGACACAGAAAAUGAGAUUGAUAAUCGAAUAGGCACACUUUGUUCCAAUGAAGCUAUAAAUGAGCGGGAUAGGGAAAUUGUGGCAAUAUUAAGAAACAUGCUAGACAAAUAUAAUAGUUUGGCAAAGAGUUUUCGCUAUGCAAGAGAUAGGUACCAACAGGAAAAUUGCACAAACAUAAAGCUUAAGUUGAUUAGUAAAAGGACUACAGAUAGCAGGACAUACAACUUGCCAUCUGCAUCUGAAGUGGCUGCAUUGAUUGUUGGCGAUAUCAAACAACUUAGCAAAGAUAGGGAUAUUAUUAUAGAGAGUCAAUCUAGAAAGCUCCAGCGGAUUGAUGUUUUUCAUCCAUCUUAUUUAGCCUUGCAAUAUCCAUUGUUGUUUCUGUAUGGGGAGGAUGGAUUUCGUUUGGGUAUUGCAACAUCAAAUUCUAUCUCCGCUAGACCUACAAAGAUAAACAAAACAAUCACUUUGCGACAAUUUUUCGCUUUUCGACUAUAG